GCACACUGAGGUUCUGGAUUUUAGAGUUUGCUGGGACAGCUCAGACUCAGAUUCUCCUCAGACUGUAGGACCCCGGUUAUGAUGUCCCAACUCCUCCUCCUACUAUUGCUCUCAGGGCUCCUGGACCUGACCAAGACCUGGACAGGACCCCACUCUCUGAGGGUUUUAAAAACCAUCUGGUCAGGACCCCACGGCAGCAAGCCCCACUUCAUCGCCGUCUGCUACGUGGAUGACACACAGCUGCUGUUGUUUGACAAUGACGUGGAGGAACCAAAAGUGGAGCAUCGGGAGCCUUGGGUGCAUAAGAUGGAAGCAGGGUUUCUGGAGGGGGAGUCACGGUUGUACAAGCACCUAGCACAGGUUGCAACGGUGUCCCUCAACAACUUGCGCAAACACCACAACCAGAGUGACACAGGGUUUCACACCUACCAGUGGAAUUGUGGCUGCGAAACUGGCCCUGAUGCACGCUUCCUCCGCGGGAAUGAUGACCAUGCUUAUGAUGGUGAGGAUUACAUGUACCUGAACGAGGACCUGCACUCCUGGAUAGCAGUAGACAAGGUGGCUCAGAUCAAUAAACUAGAGUGGGAGGCAACCUAUCAGAUCGAGCUUAUCAGGAAUGAACUGGAGAUCGGAUGUGUGGAUUGGCUGCACAAGUACCUGCAGUAUGGGAAGGAGACACUGCAGCAUGCAGACCCUCCAAAGACACAUGUGACUCGAAAGCACAUCUCUGAUCAUGAGGCCACCUUGAAGUGCUGGGCCCUGGGCUUCUACCCUGCUGAGAUCACCCUGAUCUGGCAGCAUGAUUGGCAGGACCUGACCCAGGAAAUGGAGUUUGUGGAGACCAGGCCUGGAGGGGAUGGAACCUUCCAGAAAUGGGCAGCUGUGGUGGUACCUUCUGGAGAGGAGCAGAAAUAUACCUGCCAUGUGCAGCACAUGGGGCUGCCUAAGCCCCUCAACCUGAGAUGGGAGCCACCUGAGUCUCCUGCUCUCAGCACAGACAUCAUUGUCAGCCUGCUUCUCCUUGGAGCUGUGGUCACUGGAGCUCUAGUGGCUGGAGCUGUGAUCUGGAGGAAGAAGAGAUCAAGCAGGAAAAAGUAGCGGAAUGAGAGACUUUUUCAGGAGAAAACAGACAUUUUGAGUUGCCACUGGGACAGAGCAACUUCCUUCCCCUCCAGAGCAAGAACAACUGUCUUCUCAUUUACAGAAUCUUACUCUUUUCUUGCCAGAGUAAAGACUUCUGUGAUCACACUUUUUUGUCUCCCCCCCCCCAAAUGGAACAUUUUCUCAAGAUAACCUAAAUAAAAUCUUUAUUGUGUUAUGAAC